UAAUUGUAAUGACUAUGAUAAGUCUAUUUUGUAUUCUCAGAUGCUUCUGUUCCUGUCCCUGCUGAUCUUCUGUGUGCCUUCAGGUGGCGACACCUCCCCAAUCACCUGCUACAAUGACAAAGGAGAUGCUGUGGAUUGGUUCUAUUUGUACAAGCUGCCUAAAGAACAUGACACGGGUGAGAUGUAUUUACUGCUGGACAAAGGGAGUGAAGGCUGGACUAACGGGAAGGGGACAGUGAACGACACCACGGGCGCUCUGGGCAGGACCGUUGGACAACUCUACUCACAAGGAGAGAACACAGAGGUAGCAUACAUCCUUUACAAUGACCAGAAGCCAUCCGAGGACCUUGGUGACAGAUGGGUUGACAACAGUGGGAGUAAAGGGGGGCACACAAAAGGUGUUGUCCUGCUGGAUAAAAAUCAGGGCUUCUGGUUGGUCCACAGCACCCCUCAUUUCCCCCCUGUACGGCAGGCGGGAACGUUUUCUUACCCUUCUAGCGGUGUGAACAACGGGCAGAACUUCAUCUGCGUCACCUACCCGCUCGAGCGCUUCCAGACCAUCGGAGAGCAGCUUCAGAUCAAUCAGCCUAAUGUGUACGACUGCGACGUCCCAGAGUCCUUGGCGUCCCUCGUGCCCGCUCUGGCUGAUCUCUGUGUGAAGAAACAUCCCUCUGUUCACAUCUUUCCACACAUCAAACCUGUAUCCAAUCGCAGCGUGACUCUGACCUCAAAGGCUGGCACCAACUUCAUCAGCUUUGCCAAAGGAGCUUCUUUUGACAACGACCUGUACCACUCCUGGGUGGCCCCCAGCCUCCAGUCAGAUCUCCUGGUCCAGUUCUGGAUUCGCUCCAGAGGCAUCCUCCCCUCCGACUGCUCGCUGGGAUGGAAGGUCUUGGACAUCAAGCUCAUCAACCCGGGGCAGACGUUCGACUUCAAGAACAGCCAGGACCACUCUAAGUGGGCCGUCAGCACCACGGCGGGGGGGGCGGGGUCCGGAGGGGGAUGGGUGUGUGUGGGAGACAUCAACCGGAACCAGGCAGAGGAGAAGCGGGGCGGCGGCACGGUGUGUCUGCAGGACCCCGUGGUGUGGAAGGCGUACAGGACGGCGGCGCUGCAGUGCCAGGGCUGUGGAGGAGCAACGGGUCAGUGCUGACUCGCUGCUAGAGCAUGAUGGGAUACCUGGGCCUGAGGAGAGGAACAACACGCAUAAGAUAAUAACCGGCAUGUGGGUUUUUAGGUGAAAUGUUUGCACAUGUUUCUUUUAAUAUUUGAUUUAAAUGAAUGAUCUUUUCUAAAAUUGAAGGGCUGAAACUGAUCCACAUUUGGCAGGAAAUGGUGAGUUCAUGAGGGACUGCAUCAAUCAAAGUAAGAGGCGGAUUAAAGUUUUUGGUACCCAAAGCAAUUUGACUUCCAAAUGAUGAUUGGAUGUUAUUAAGGGCUGUUACACCCUCCUCUUCAGACUAAAAGCAUACAGAACAAUGCUGGAGGAGGACAAAUAUGACAGGAAGCAGAGGGCUUCAUUCAGUGUUAAUCAUAAUUUUUAAAAAACCUCAAAGUGCUACUUUAAAUUAAUGCAUUUUGAUCAAGGGUCUUAAACACUGCUGUGAGCUCUUUUAACAGAAACUGAAGAGACAUUGUGGUAACCGGUAGAUAUGAGCUACCUCGAUAAAUUACAACUUUUCUGAUGAUUUAUUUUUCUAUUCGCUUUUAAAUGAUUCGUGGGAACGUUCUCAGGGAUUCUCAAACUUUGCAGGUUGAAAAUAUGAUUUCACAAUUUUCAACAAUUUGGUAUUAUUAAUUGUUACACUCAGCAGAAAGUGAUGUUUUACAAAUAGUUAAACUACAGAUACUUUGUGUUUCAUGAAUGCUCGUAUUAUUAACUAGGUUGGUUAUAACUGUUUAUGAAUUUCUUAUGUGCUUUUCUGACAUAUCCAGAACUCUAUUUUUGUGUCUUAGAUUUUAUAGUUGUAUCAUACAUUCCUUGAUUAUGCUUGAAGGUGGAAUUGCUGGCUUGAAUCUGAAUAAAGAAUCUAAAACAGAG